CCAAACAGGAAGUCCACUAGCUUCCGUCUAGCUUGACAGUGUCAGUGCGCUUACUCUGAGAGCUGCGCACCGUCGACGAUCUGACGGAGAAUUUGCCGGAAGAAGUUGUGGAUAAUAUCUGUCACGGUUCAUAUUUUGUUAUAUCCUUUAAGUCAGUUUAGCCUAUUUGGGGCUCAAUAAGGAGACAUCCUGGAAGCACCUGGAGAACCGCGGAUAUCUACGCGGCAUGGUUGCUUCGUGACCCGCGGCAGGUGUGAAGAGAUGGCGGGGGAGCCACCGGCGGGCACCGGCCGAGUGGUGCUGGUCAAGAAGAUCAUCAUGAAGGACGGAGGCGCGCUCCAGCAGGGUAUCGGCAGGCCCAGUGUGUAUCAUGCAGUGGUAGUGAUCUUCCUGGAGUUCUUCGCCUGGGGUUUACUCACCACACCCAUGCUCACUGUUUUACAUGAAACAUUUCCACAGCACACAUUCCUGAUGAAUGGACUCAUUCAGGGUGUGAAGGGUCUGCUGUCAUUCAUGUCUGCUCCUCUGAUUGGUGCACUGUCAGACGUGUGGGGCAGGCGCUCCUUCCUGUUGGUCACUGUCUUCUUCACUUGCGCUCCAAUCCCACUGAUGAGGCUCAGCCCUUGGUGGUACUUCGCCAUGAUUUCCAUGUCUGGAGCUUUCUCUGUAACCUUCUCGGUCAUCUUCGCCUACGUUGCUGAUGUGACAGCAGAAAGAGAGAGGAGUACUGCCUAUGGUCUGGUGUCAGCUACUUUUGCAGCCAGCCUGGUGACAAGCCCAGCUAUUGGGGCUUAUCUGUCAGCCUGGUAUGGGGACAACUUGGUGGUUCUGGUGGCCACACUGAUCGCUCUGGCAGACAUCUGCUUCAUCCUGCUGGCCAUGCCCGAGUCUCUGCCAGACAAGAUGAGGCUCAACACCUGGGGGGCACCCAUAUCCUGGGAGCAGGCCGACCCCUUUUCUUCACUAAGAAAGGUGGGUCAGGACUCUACUGUCUUACUCAUCUGUAUCACUGUGUUCCUGUCUUACCUCCCGGAGGCUGGACAGUACUCAAGCUUCUUCCUCUACCUGAGACAGGUCAUAAAUUUCUCCUCCACAACCAUUGCUGUUUUUAUUGGAGUGGUGGGCAUUCUGUCCAUCGUAGCACAGACUCUCUUCCUCACUCUCCUGAUGAGAACUCUGGGUAAUAAGAACACUGUUCUGUUGGGUUUGGGCUUCCAAAUCCUUCAGCUGGCCUGGUACGGCUUUGGAUCAGAGCCAUGGAUGAUGUGGGCGGCUGGUGCUGUAGCAGCGAUGUCCUCCAUCACCUUCCCAGCUGUUUCUGCUCUGGUGUCACAGUCUGCUGAUCCUGAUAAACAAGGUGUGGUUCAAGGGAUGAUCACAGGGAUCAGAGGUCUCUGUAAUGGUCUGGGCCCAGCUCUCUAUGGAUUCAUCUUCUUCCUAUUCAAUGUUGAGCUCAACACCAUGGACCCCAUACAGGGAGACUACAGCAUCGACCCCCUGCCUCUGCAUAGUCCCACUGAGGCGCUCAUCCCUGGCCCGCCCUUCUUGUUGGGAGCGUGUACUGUGGUCGUCGCCUUCCUUGUUGCUCUCUUCAUCCCUGAGAAACCCUCCUGCUCCUCUUCUUCAUCCCAGCUGUCCCUCGGCGACAAGCCCCACCCAGACAGCAAAGAGUCAAUGUCCUCGCUGGCUGGCAUCCACAUCAACACUCCCCUUCCAGGCAGUGAUGAGGAGACCCCUCCCACUGCCAGUGAUGAGGACUUCGAGCCACUGCUGCAGGACAGUAUUGUUUGAUGGACAGGUUGAAGAACCACAGAGGGUCAGAUAACAUCAUUGUUUUAUUGAUUGACAUUUUGCAAAAAAAGACAAAGAACCAGUAACUCGUUUGCCACAGGGCGGGACUACGCAUACUUUCGAAGUCUUUGCCAGCAGGAGGAACUAACAUAUUGCUUCACUGACCACGAGCAUAGGAAGUAACAUGUGUGCAACCAAUAAGGAUGGUUCUUAAAUGAGGGGGCGGGAGCAAAGAGCUGCCAAUAAGAUGUCAUAAGAUGUCAUGGUUUGAUUGGACAGAGGAAAUGAUUAUUUGAUUGGGACCAACAGGAAGACCACAGUUUCAACAGAAGCCAUUAUUUGAUUGACAAGAGGAGGGACCAACUGUCUUUUUUAAUGGGAUGGUUGCGGUUUUAGGAUAAACCCACAUAAAAUUAUCUGAAGUUAGAGAGAAGUAUCUUUAAGGUUUACAUGGGAGGAUUAUUGUUCAUCUUAAAGCUUGAAGUUGUUGAUUGUUUUUGUGAUAAACAAGAAAAGGUGUUUUUACCUUCAGCUGUAUCAUUUUGAAGCUGUAUUUUAAUGUUGUGUUUCAUUUCUUACUGGUAUUUGUACAAAGGAAACAUAUCUGCAACAUAUUUACAGCAGCCAAAAUAUCAGUGUUGACUUAUACACUAUUUUGUUGAAUAACACUUUUUUGUUACAGUUUUUUCUUUUAGCCAGGGUUAGGGGAUUUUUAUUGUUUUUGUACAGUAUCUAACCUUGUAUGAGCUAUCGAUGCUAAAGUAUGAAUGUGAAGACCUGAGAGAUGAGUCAACCACCUGAAAUCCAACAUGUCAAAAUAUCAAUUUUAAUCAGUAUUUUCAUCUCACGGUCAUUUGCUUAGCCAAGUUUCAUCUUUAAUUGUAAUUUACUAAAAUUUAUUUAAUAAUUUAUUCAUUUGGUAACAGACCCAAAAUGUAUUUAUUGUAGAUAUUUUAGAAAGAAUUAUGAGAAACAAAAGAAAUCCUGAAUGAUACAGAAGUUACAUUAAACACAUCACUGGAUAGUUUUUACUUUUAAUUUGACCAGUUGUUUGUCACUCUACCUCAGAUAAGUGUUUUUAAAUCACACUCAACCUGGCUUUACUCAUAUUCAGUCACUCAUUUAUAUAUCAAAGUCACUUUAUGAAAGUGCUGCUGGCUGUUGGCAGAGGGAAAGCCUCAGUGUUUAACUUUUUAGCAGUCCAAGUACCAGCAGUGUGUGCUCAUACUUGUUUUUGAUUUCAGUGAAAGGUGGUUCUGCAGCUCAAACUGUUGAAGGUAUAUAUGUGAACUUUGCAAGUAAAAUACAAGAAAAAUACUUACCUCACAAUAGAUUGUCUGAUUUGGUGCAAGUCCAACAAUAACUGGCAUUGUAACACACUUUGUCUUUUAUCUCAGGAUUACAUUCUUAAAAUGUCACCAGUUUUGGUGUGCAUAUCCAAUUGGUGCUAACUGGAUUGCAGGUUGCACUGUCAUACAUUUUUGAACAAUGAUAAUGAUUUAGCUCCAGGUCACCAAUGGAUUUUCAAAGACACUAGAUUUGGUGUGCACAUCCUGUGUGUACUCCAGAUGUUCCAUACCAAACUUGGUGGCACUAUGACACAAUGUUGCUGUUAGCUCAGCAGUACAAAGUUAAAUGUCACCAAAUGUGGUUUGCACAUAUAGAAAAUCUGACUUUUUUAAUAUAUAAAAUUAAUUUAUUACAUAACUUGGCUUCCCAUAGUGUCAUGCUAUCAUCUACUGCCUCUCCAGAAUGUAGGUUUAGAAAUACAACUAGUUGGCAGCAUGACACCAUGGAGUUCUAAUUGCCUAGGGUCAGUGUGCCUUUAAUUCCAAGUUGCGCCGGGUGCUUGGACCCUUGUGUUACAAGUCUAGUGUUUCAUUUAAACUGUGAGAUCAGUUGGGCAUUUGUGUGCUAAGGGUUUCUCAUAACUGACAGUCCUUCAUUGUAUGAUUAGAAAAACAUUGAGGUCAGCUGGACAGUUAUUUGUGAGGUUUUUCCCUGACAGCAGUGAUAUUCCUGUGAAUGAACAUAUACUUGAAGCAUCAGACAGAGAUUUUACAAAAGCUUUAGAGAAGAUUAGGAACAAAUGCUGAAUAGUUUAACAGUACAUAAAUAGCACAGAGUGUACAUAGUUAUUUGCUUUAUGACCUUAAAAUGUAAGGCUACAUGUGAAUAUUAUGGUUUGUAUAUUAUGUAGGUGAAGUGUGGGACUGGCUUGUUUGUUGGGGCUUAUAAGAAGGUUUUCCAUCAUUGUUUUGUCCUGUGAAGCUCAAUGACACAAUCACAGUCUGGCUGGUUGGGUGGGGGGGUUCAGUUUCCCUUGUGCAGCUAAACCGUUAUAAAAGACCAACAAUCAUUCUACUUUUGUUGUUCGUGUUCGUUCAGAUUACUCUUUGAAACAGAUUCCUUCACCUGAGUGUUUACAUGAACACUUUUCUGUCUGUGGUCAUAUUUGGUUUGUGAUUUUUUAAAUAACGUUUGAAUGGUGCUGAACCAAUUUAAUUUAUUUGCACUCUACAGAUUUAAACAUAUCUGUAUUUCAAUGAGUUCUGCCAUCUAAUUUAUUGUCUUUGCUCUUUCAUUAAUGAAAAACAAAGUUUUAUUUCAUUUCCAUAAUGACAAAGGCACCUGUUUUUUCUACCAUUAUCAUUUGAGGUAUUUUGCUUCUUCUAGUCUUCUAGUAUUUUUUAGUAUACCAGUUUCUUUUGAAAUAACCCAAAUCACAUUGAGACCUAUGAAAACCAAGAUGAUAAUCCUGGUUUCUUUAGUCAUGAUAUGAUGUUUGUAUGAGCAAAUACUCAAGAACACAGAUCAUAAGUAGGAUAUUAGUGUGCAUUUGAAUACUGUUAUGUUAUUUACUUGACAACGGCACUUGCUCAGUUGGUUCAGCAGCAGUAAAACUGACUCAUCAGUGUAAAUAUUGUACAUGGAUUGGAUGUCUGUACAUGUGAUGAAAUUAAAUAGAUGUGGGGAUUCACUGUAAAUACACUUUGUCUAGUGUCUUGUCUGGAGUUGUACCAGCAAUUUGUUGGUUAUUGGAAAUUAAAACAGAGCAACACUUGCA